UACACAAUCCAACAUGGAGUAAAGAGAGAUGGGGCUCCACUCCGAGACCAGCGCGCAGUCUUCAGUCGAAAACACAUCUAUACAGCCAUCGGGAGAUUGCAUAACGCACGGAUUUCAGGCUCUUCGGGCAGAUGCAUUGCAAAGCGCGACGGAUAAAGUGCGGUGCGCGGAGGAAGAACGAAAAUGAGGAGCGCUGAAGCGGAUUUGGGGGAAACUCGUUGAUGCACUGGACUUUAAAAAAGGCGAGGUGGAAAAUCGAGACGACAUGAAGCCCGAACGCUGCGCGCCCGCGAUGGGAUAUUAUUUUUAUUGUAGGUGAAACGAGGGGGAAAAUGACUGAGGAAUCGCACCCAGACGAUGACAGUUACAUAGUGCGAGUGAAAGCUGUGGUGAUGACAAGGGAUGAGUCUAGUGGCGGCUGGCUGGCUCAGGAGGGCGGAGGUCUCAGUCGGGUGGGCGUCUGUAAGGUGGUCCCGGCUGAUCUGGAGCUCCUGGGACGGAACGGAUUUCUUAUUUUUGGAGAGAGACUCAAAGACAAGCAGAUGAUCCUGCAGUGCUUUCUGAAGAAGGAUCUGGUCUACACUAAAGCCACGCCCACUUUCCAUCACUGGCGAGUGGACAACAGGAAGUGCGGUCUGUCGUUCCAGAGUCCCGCUGACGCCCGAGCGUUUGAUCGCGGCGUGAGGAAGGCAAUCGAGGACCUCACUGAGGGCUCCACUACUUCUUCCUCUACCCUGCAGAACGAAGCCGAACUGGGUGAUGAUGAUGUUUUCACGAACGCCACAGACAGCUCAUCUAACUCUUCCCAAAAGAGAGAGACGUCCAUGCAGACGCUCGCACCUAUCAGCUUCUCUGAGCCACACCACUGCAUUCUGGGACAUCUCUACGACCAGCACAGGCACUCCGACCGAUACUACCUGGAGCAGACGGUGCCCAUGUUCCAAUGUUCACGUCACGUCAGGUUUCAUGAGGAGGAGGAAGAGAUCGUGCGGAUAAACCCACGGGAGCGUUCUUGGCUAACAGGCUAUGAGGACUAUCGUCAUGCCACCACCGCCACCCGCACCAAACCCCUGCAGCCUGACGCCACGGACGCUUACGUUCACCUGGCUAAGAGCGAACCUCCCAAACAUGACUACACUUACUCUUACCCACUUAGUGGGGACGGACACGCAUCCCGUGAUGGUAAAACGGGCAUUGGUGGCGGCGUGGUCACCGGUCAGCCUCGGGCGCUAACAGCUAAAUGGCUGCCGCGGCGCGUGGAGGACAGCAGAGAGCGCUUACGCUGUGUGUACUGUCAGAAUAUGUUCAGUCCGUCAGAAAACGGGCGUGGACGCUGUCAAGAGGCCCCGGACCCCGUGCAGACAUGCAUACGGCGGGUUAGUUUCAUGUGGUGCGCAGACAGCCUGCUGUACCACUGCAUGUCGGACCCUGAGGGAGAUUAUUCGGACCCGUGCUCUUGCGACGCCAGCGAAGAGCGCUUCUGUCUGCGCUGGCUAGCACUUCUGGGACUGUCACUGCUAGCGCCGUGCAUGUGCUGCUAUGUGCCGCUGCGAGCGUGUUACCACUGCGGCGUCGCGUGUCACUGCUGCGGUGGAAAACACAAGGCCGCGGGCUGAGCGGGAGAAACACGAGCACACCAGCAGCAAAACAACGGCGUGGAUGCAAAUGAACAGCGGAGGAAUGAACUUGUGGCUGCAUUUGUGUUUUGCUUCGUUUUUUAUUUUCUCCCUGUCCUUCCCACUGGUGUUUCAGAGGGUUGGUCCAUUUUUGGUUUCAUUUUCUCAAUCUUCAUUAUAAUGGACAGCUGUCCUCUUUUUUUUUGUGCUGGGCAAAGAUUAAUCACGAUUAAUUGCACCCAAAAUAAUUAGUUUUUACAUUUUAUAUAU